AUGAAUAAAAAUAAGUUAAAAAAUAAAAAAAAAAAAGUCGUCAAAGAUAAAGAUAGUAAAUUAAAGAAGUUAUCAAAUGAGGAAAUAGAAAAUUUAAUUAAAAUCAAAAAAGAAGAAUUAAUUAGAACAGUUCAAAAGAAGAACCUGUUAGAAAAAAGACUAGACGAAAAAAGUAGAGAGUAUGAAUGUUUUAAAAAAGAAUACAAUGAAGUAAAAAGUAAAAUCGAUUUAAUUAACGAAGGUUGUGAAAAAUAUGAUGAAGCAGCAAAGGAGGAAACACAAAUUAUAAAAAACAAAUCGGUUUUUUAUAAUUUUCAAAAUACAGAAGAAUUGAAAAAGUUAGAGAAAGAAAAAGAAGAUCUUAAAAUAUUAAUUGAUCAGAAACAUGAAGAGACUAUGAAUAAUAUACUGAAUAACAUAGAAGAAGAGAGAAUUAAUUUAGAUAAAGUAAAAAAUACAAAUUUUGAUGAAAUAAGUGAAUUGAAUGCCGCCUUCAGUUUGAAAAUAAAAAACAUAGAGGAACUAUUCAUAAAAUAUAUAGAAGAUUAUGAACAUGACAAGAAGGAUGAAAUGGAAGAAAUGAUAGAGAAUUAUAAUAUUAUGGAAAGGAAUGAAAUAAUUUAUUUAAGAAAUAUGUAUAAUGAUCACAUUAAAAAUAUUAAUGAAAUUCAUAUGAAUGUUCUCCAGAGUUAUAAAAAAUAUUAUAUUGACCAAAUUAAAGAAAAUAUUAAAAGAAUAAAGUUAUUAAAAAAAAAUUUACAUGAGCUAGAAUUGAAUGAUAAGGAUAUUAAAAAUGACUUGAACUUCCACAGCAGCGAAAACGGGAAUAUGGCAGAAAGUAUUAACUACCUGGAAGUAAAAAGGGAAAGCUUUAACAAGGACUUAAAAUUUUACUCAAAGGAUUUUGUUAUAUAUAAGAACUUAGAACUUAUAUAUAAUGAGAGCGAGGCAUACAUAAAAAAUUUAAAAGUUUUUUCUCAGAAUUCGAAGGAAAAAAUAAAGGAAGUAGAAAAAUUAUUUAAAAUAUUGUCAGAAGAACAAGAUAUAAAUUUUGAUGGAUAUUUUGAAAAUAUUAAAAAUAAGAAUAUACUACUAAGAAAAGAAAUAGAAAAUGUUGAUAUUAAUUUGGAUGAAAUAAAGAAAGAGUUAACAAGAUAUAUAAAUAACAACAAAAUAAAGGAAGAAGAUGUACAAAGGGUUAGAAGGGGUAUUAACUUCUGUUUACACACGUAUAACAACGAAUUUAAUAAUUUAUUGUUUGCCGAAAGGAAAAUAAAAAAAAAAAUAAAAGACAGUGUAAGUAUUUAUGAGAAAAAGCUAAAGGAUAUAAAUGUAAAGAAAAGCACGUGA